AUGGUGCAUGAAUCAUUCAUAUGGAUUUUUAAUUGGAAACUACAUUGCUAUAUCGUUAAUAGUGCAUACAAAAUACCAAUAAUAUGUAUUAUAAUGGAAAAUAAUACACCGCUAUUUCAGUUUGAUGCAGAAUUUAGAAGAUUCAGCCUAGAAAGAAACUCACAGCAUACAUUUGAAGAAUUUAGUACACUUGUUGAAAGGUUGCACAGCUUGAAAGACAUACCCUUCCUCGUUUCCUACAUUGACCCUAGUGAUCAAGACCUUCUACCAAUCAACAAUGAUGAUAAUUUGAGAAGGGCACUUGUUAAUGCCAAACCAUUACUGAGGGUUAUAAUACAAAGAAAAGGAAAUAGUCUAGAGGAUUUGAAUGGGUAUGGGACAUUGAAACCAAGGAAUCUCAUUUCAACUAUACUAGGGGGUACCCCUACAAAAGCCAAAACUCUUCCAAUCUCUAAUCCUCAUGACUUUAGACAAGUUUCAGCCAUCAUAGAUGUAGAUAUAGUACCAGAGACUUGUAGAAGAGUAAGACUGCUCAAACAUGGAUCUGAUAAGCCCUUGGGGUUUUAUAUAAGAGAUGGAACAAGCGUUAAAGUGACCCAAAAUGGUCUUGAAAAGAUCCCAGGCAUAUUCAUUUCUCGCCUGGUUCCUGGGGGUUUAGCAGAAUCCACAGGUCUUCUAGCUGUCAAUGAUGAAGUCCUGGAAGUGAAUGGCAUAGAAGUGGCUGGAAAAACCCUGGACCAAGUCACAGACAUGAUGGUGGCCAACAGCUCCAAUCUGAUCAUAACUGUCAAACCUGCCAACCAGAGGACAGUGGGUCCACCUAGAAGAGGCAGCUUCGGCAGGAGCUCACACAUGUCGAGCGGCUCCCACCAGUCUAACACGACGGCCGGCUCUGACCCCGAGGACAAGUACGACCAGGACGAGAUCGUGGACCUGACGCAGGUCAACGCGGAGGAGUCUUUGAAAGAGGACGGGAUCCUGCAUCUCUGA